ACGUGUCACCUCCCUCCUCCUCUCCGCGCCACCACCUCAAAACGAGACUCUUCCGUGGUGCAAGCUCACAAAAAGCCCACGAAGCCAAUCCAUAAUCGCUAGCUCACUGAUCCGAGACUUCCUCAGCUCAACGAUCCCGCCGCCGGUUGGUCGUCGACGUCGUCUAUGUCCAGGCUGAUGGCUGCCACGCUGCUUGGGGGGGCGCGCGUCGCCGGCGCCGCCAAGCUCACGGGCACCACUCUCGUUAUGCAGGUUCUUCCCAGGCCGUCGUACUUCCUUCCUCCCCGCCCGCAGCCGGCGAGCUGGAGCCGCCUCUGCUUGCAGACUGCCCCAAGAUCGUCUCAGGCGUACAACAACGCACCGGAGGAACGGAGGGACAUCGGGGGCAAGUACAAGGACGCGGCGGAGGAGGCGAAGGAUGCCACCGGCGACGCCAAGGAGCACGUGAAAGUGAUGGCGGCGGAGGAGAAGGACAGGGCCCAGGAGAAGGGAGGCCGCAUGGAGAACCAGGAGUCGGACAUGGCGGAGAGAGCCAAGCACGAGACCAAGGGCAUGGCGGAGGGCGCCGCGGAGAAGGCGUCCCGGAUGACGGACAAGCCGGAGCACGAGACGAAGGACGCGGCGCGGGAGGCCGCGAACAAGGCGGCGCACGUGAAGGACCGGGCGAAGGAGAUGGGGCACGAGGCCGCCGACAGGGCGCAGGAGACCGCGAAGGCGGCGAAGGACAGGACUGGCGAGGAUGCGGAGCGGGCCGUGGACAGGGCGGGCGAGGCCAAGGACAGGGCCGUGGAGGGUACCAAGUCCGCCGGCGAGAAGGUGGUGGAGAUGACCAAGGAGGGCGCGAGCAAGGUGGCCGAGACGGCGCAGGCGAUCGGGGAGAAGGCGAAGCAGGCGGCGCAGGGCACCUGGGACGCCGCCAAGGAGACGGCGCAGAACGUCAAGGACAGCGUCGUCCCCGACGCGGAAGACGUCGACGCCGCCAUGGAGGAGAGGGACAGGAUCGCGCGGGAGAUGGAGCAGGAGCGGAACAAGAGGCAGGCCAGGGAGAAGGGCGCAGGCUUGCCUUAGACAAGACGAAGUGGCUGCACGCUAGCCUCCUCCUGAGCUGAAUUUCACCUUUGAGCCGAAUUUUACUUCACUGGUUGAAUAAUGUUGGCGAACGUGAUGUGCCAAUGUCGUUCUGUUGGAUCGACACGUCGAGCCUCCGAUGUAUACACACUAGCAUCGGAUUUGUAAUCUUUUUAGCUUUUAUAAGCAUGGAUCGCAUCGGAUUUGUAAUCUUUUUAGCUUUUAUAAGCAUGGAUCUGAGCAUCUUGAACUUGCAGAUGUCCGAACGUAUCUUGUUGCAUGGCAAGUGGAAUCAAGAGCUCAAUCCACACACACCUCCCUUGUUACAAACUGUCUGCUGCGCUGCAUAACGAUGUGAUCUCUUUCUAUUCAAUUUCUGCUGGAGAUAUCUCUGGACCGGGGACACGAAGACACCUCACCCUCGGGAACUUGAAACUCGGGAACUCGAAGACCCCGG